GAAACUGACUCUACUUUCAAAAUAACUCAAUCUCCUGACUCAAGUAAUCAAAGUGCUACUUCUAAUGAAGAAACUUCGUCGGAAACUCCAUUUGAAGAAGAAGUUAAUAAUGAGACUGAUGAAGUCACAGUAAUCGAAGAUAUAGUCCCAAGUCAUACUGGUAAUAAUAAAGAGACUCCAGGAUCAUUGUUUAAAAGUUUAGAAAAUAUUGAGAAAGGUGAUAAGCAAUCAGACUCUGAAGCUUCCAGCCCUGAAUCUAGUGAAUCUUGGGAUGAGUCAGAUGAUAAUAUUACAUCAAAGCCAAAGGAUAAUGUUGCAAAUCUUCUUGGCUCCAUGGAUAUAAAGACCAAUGAUAAACCAUCUAAGUCAGAACAUUUGAAUAAAUCGAGCACCACUGUUGGAAACACUAAAAACUCUUCUCAUUCUGCUACGACACAAGAAAACGUUGAUUUGAAAAAUGAAAGUUUGACUCCUCCACCUCCUCUUGAAUUUUUGAUGUAUGAUGGUAUUCUGGGUCCUGUUAAAAGCGAAUCUAACAUGGUUUCAAAAAAGAUUAUUGAUGUUUACAACGAAACGUGUGGCUAUUUGAUUAUCAUGAAGAAUAACGUAAAGAGGUUGAGUAAAUUUAUCGAUGAUCACGAUAGAACUAUUGAAGGGUCUGAUGACAAGAAAUCAUUGGAAACACCUGAACUAUGGAGAUUGUCAUCUACUGCUGAUAUAUAUCCAAUCAUUAAUCAAGUCAAGCCUACAUUAUCGAGCAUUUUAGAGUCAUCGCAUGAUUUGGAUUCAUCUUUAACCAAGUUGACUGCGAGAGCCGAAGAAAGUCAGGUACAAAGAGUCAAGAUAGACAAAUUGUUGAGUCAGCUUUCCCUUUUCGUCAACGAAUCAAAUUCCUUAGCCCUAACAAGGCGUCCUUUAGAUUUCCAGAAUGAAUCAUUACAAACUUCGUUGCGUCAAAAGUUGAGAAAAGUGAAAGAUUUGGAAAAUGAACUUAUAAGUAAAAUGAUGCCUUUCAAAGCUAGAUCGCGGGCAGAUGAGAACAUCUUGAAGAAUUUAGAAAAAGUCAUAUUCCAAAUUAAUGAAAGUGCAUAUGACCACUUGAAAGAAAUCAAUAGCUUGUCAGUGGAACUAUGUGAUUUGAAAUUACAUAAUGAAAGCGAUUCAGAAGUACCUAAACAUAACUCUAACCCACAACGUAAUCUAACUUCUGUGAAAUGGAUCUUAAGUAAGGAAUUAAAGGCUAAUGACAAUUCUUCUCCUAGACUUGUUAGUCUUAAAAGAAAAUAA